AUGGAUGAAAAUUUAAGCAGAGGAUAUAUUCAAUUGGGAAAAGCCAGGGGUACAAACGAUUUCCGUUUUACUAAUGGGUUUAGUCAUCUUUCCCCUCCGGUUGACAAAUAUGAUAAAAUAUAUUAUUCCCUUGUCCUUGCUGGUGUGGGAUUUUUGUUACCAUACAACAGUUUUAUAAUUGCUGUAGAUUACUUUCAGGAGGAAUAUCCUGAUUCCUCUAUUGUAUUUGAUAUGUCAUUAGUUUACAUUAUAAUGGCAUUUUUUGCGGUCUUGGCAAACAAUCUCCUGGUUGAAGCAUUAUCUUUAAAUACAAGAAUAACUUUUGGGUAUAUUUUGUCAUUUAUUACCCUUUGUUUUGUUGCUAUUUGUGAGGUGUGGUGGGGCAUAUUUUCCACUAAUACAUCAUAUACUGUCAAUUUAGUAGCGGUUGCAGUUGUUGCAUUAGGCUGUACAGUUCAACAAUCUAGCUUUUAUGGUUAUACCAGUAUGCUUCCAAGUCGAUAUACUCAAGCUGUAAUGGCUGGAGAAAGUGGUGCUGGACUCUUAGUAUCUUUGAAUCGAAUUCUAACAAAAAUGCUGCUGGAUGACCAACGCUUGAACACAUUUAUAUUUUUUGCAGUCAGCACUGUAAUAGUGGCAAUGUGCUUUGUUCUUUACCAAAUUGUAAGACAAACCGACUUUGUUCAGUUUUAUCUUACUUUGUGCAGGGAAUCUAAGAAAAUCACUCUUGAACCUACUGAAGAUGCAGGUCUUAUGGAUCCAGCUGAUGCUGCAGAAGGAAAAAACAGUCAAUACGGAGUUCUAAAACUUCAACCUCAAAGUCCACUUGAUAAUUCUCAAGCUGCUCCAGGCCACUUUAGUUUUUCAAAUCCAGUGUAUGAGCCUUCUGCCAGUGUGGGCCCAACAUACAAAGUUGAGGAUGUAGUGGUUAGAAUGACAGGAGAUUCAUCAACUUAUAGAAAAUCCAGUUCAGCUAAACCUUGGUCAGCUAUCCGCAAGGGACUGAAAGCAAGAUGGGAAGUAGCACAAAACAUCUGGCACUACAUGCUUGCAAUCAGUUUGGUAUAUAUGGUUACUUUAAGUUUAUAUCCUGGAAUAGUAUCGGAAAUCGUCUCUUGCAAGUUUGGAUCUUGGAUGCCCGUAAUACUUAUGGCUGCUUUUAAUGGAUCUGAUCUAAUAGGAAAGAUGAUAGCUUCCCUUGUAUACGAAUGGCCACGCACAAGACUUCUCAUUUUUGCUGUUGCUAGAAUAUCUAUGAUACCAUCUUUACUUCUCUGUGCGAUGCCACGUGACAGGCCAAUCACACCAGGUGAAGGAUAUCCAUUGUUUUUCUCUAUGUUACUUGGAACUACGAAUGGUGUUAUCGGAAGUGUACCAAUGAUCCAAGCACCGAGCAGAGUUUCUGAACAACAUAGAGAGCUAGCUGGAAACAUCAUGACAUUGUCAUAUAACUUCGGGCUUACAGCAGGAUCUUUGCUGGCUUAUGUGUUCAAAGCGAUGCUCGGAGCUCCAUUAACAGAUCCGUGUGGUACGACCAGGUCAUUAACCACAAACCUGAGUGUUUAUUAUUACACAACUCUUUCACCUGAGGCAGCUACGUCCUUGACAACCACUACCUUGACAACAUUAACUUCUGUAACAACUAUAGCUACUAAUGUUUCUACAGUUUUGAAUCAUUUUAAUGCUUCAGCCAGUGUUUGAAAUGAUAAUAGAUCUCCAAAAAGUAUGAAUUUCAUAAGUUAAUUAGAUUUAAAUUUUAAAAGAUUAUAAAAAAUAGAAGCUUUGUAGAGGCAAUUGAGUUAAAUACUUGACCACGACCCUCUGAAUGUUUAUUUCUCAUUUUAAGAAGUAUUUGUAAAUGAUAACUAAGUACCAGUAGAUUGUAAAUAGUCAAAUAUUCUCUUUCUUACAAUUGUGAGAAAGGUAUGUAGAGGUUUUAAUUUAUGUAUAUCCAUUUUAUAAUACCAUUUAUUUGUAUCAAUAAAUUUUCGUUUUAAAAAUAAAACAUUAAUCUAAGUGUAAAUAGUAAACUUAUUAAUUUAUGUUUCAUUAUUUCUCUUUUUAUAAUGUAAUUAAAUUUGCUUUAUACAUUUUACAGAGAAUCACUUAAAAGAAAUGUAAAAAAAAAUUAUGCACAGAAUCACUCGUAAAAAUAUACUUCCUAAACUACACAAUACAGAUUUUAUGGAACAAGUUUAAUUUCAAGUACAAAUAUAUUUACAUUAUUAUCUCACAUAACAAAUAAAUAGGAAACUUUAUUAAAAUCCUGAAUAAAAUUAAAAUAAGAAAGAAUAUAUUUAUUGAAUAUUUUUUUACCGAUUAAAUUUUAUAAAAAGAAAUAAACACUCGGAAAGUCUUAGAAUAUGGAACUAGAUAUUUAAAAAAAUACAAAAUUAUGCAUAUUUAUAAAUAUUAUUAAAUAAUAAAAACACAAUUAUAUUUUAGUUUUUAAUAAUAAUAUGCAUUGAUUGACACAUAUUGUGUAAUUUAGUACAAAAAAGUACGUAGACAUAUCUUCGUUUCAAACACUUAGUAAAAUUAUAUUAACACAGCACCUGUUGCAGUUUUAUGAUCUUUCAGGCUUCCUG